GAUUGGGGCCGCAUUGAUUGUGCAUGUAUGUUUCGCUUCUGAUGGGCGUGUCCUUACUACUGAUCUAUCUGCCGAAUGACGCACCUACCUUACUUCGAUGGUAGGGUUGGCUUUGGAUUUUGGUGGAUAGUCACAAAGUAAUGUGUUUUAGACGGGGGGGCGAGCGUGGGGCGGGAGCGGGUGUCACCCUACCUGAGAUGUGGCGCGCGCGCGUUGGGAAGGAUAAGUAUAUAUGCAUGACGUACGGCGAGACACGGCUGGCGGCGGCAGGUCGGUACGGCACAGGCCGUGUUCUGUACUGCUGAAUGAAUGAAUGGCUUGCUGGCUUGGAUGGGGGCUAUCAUAUAUUCCUUCAUUGAUACCCGGGGAUAUCCUUAUCUUCUUUGAUAAUCUUGGUAAUAAUGAUCUGCGCGGGGCUAGCGGGGCACUCCAUACAUCCUGCUGGCUGGAUGCUGCUGCUGAGGUGCAUGCACGAGAACGAGUAAUAAGCUGGCUGCUGUAGUUUUCUGCAUUGCGCAUGCAUGCGUGCCACGUGUUUUGGGGCCGGAGUACGUACGUACGUAUACGUAAUGAUGAACUGCCUGGGAGGCUUGCUGCUGCUAAAAUGAACUGCUGCCUGGGAGGCUGGCUGCUGAGAUGAAUUGUGUGCUGGGAGCGAGGCUGCUGGCUUAGCUGGCUGCUGCUGAGAUAGAUGAUACGCCUUGCGGAUGCCGGAUGGUAAAGUAGUGGCUAUCAGUCGGGUAUUGUUAACUAAGGAAGUUAUUACCCACCCCAUAUGCAUGCAUGCCAGCCAUUGCCUUGCUGCGGGUCAUCACGCGGGAUAGUGUGGUGCGUGACCUACGGUAUUUGCGGCGUUUCUCUGUUUCCUUGCGUCAAGCAUACCUAGGAGUGCCAAUAACCAAGAGCAGCAGGUUUUAAGGGGCAGGUAGCUAGAGUGGUGUACGUGCAGUGGUCGGUCGUGCCGCCGCCAUUGCACUGCUGGCGCGCGCGCCGCCGCCACAACAUCACAGCUAGCUGGACGCGCUGCAUGCGAGCGUGGCAGCAGAUAGAGCGUUUGCGUUUUUCACAAUUUCUUGUAGCCGGGGGUUAGUUGGGUGGACGGUGGCUUGCGCUUGGGCAUGGCGAUGGCUGGCAGCAGGCCGCCAGCAGGGCAAGCCCCCAUUCAAGCAAUCAAACAUCAUUUGAGGUGUGCGUGCGUAGCGUGUAUGCACCGAGCAAAGUGUGCGCGUCUGCAUGGGGACGCUUUGGCACACGAACGAAAGAAAGGCCUUUGCCGGGAGGUAGGAAGAGAAGCAAGGAAGGCGGCGAUUGAAGUAAGGCGGAUGGUUUGCUGGUGCCAAACAUGCAUGCAUGUGGAUGGGUACACCUUAGCAUCUGUAUGCCGCAUGUUUGUCUAAAUGUCUUGACAAGCGCUUACCUCCCCAGCUACGAAUGUGGCAGGACGGAUGGUUGGGACAGUCCGGUGCCGCCUCACGGCGCGGGGCUAGCAGGAGCGUUGCGUGUGUGCAGAACCUGUCGGAGCCCGCCCUACCUAUUCAUCGUGCUGCGGCGGCGGGACGUAAGUAUGGAUACCAAGCAACCGUGCAUGAGGUAGUGCUGUUGCUUGUGACGAGUCGCGCUGUUGGUGGGGCAUUCUCUGCUGGGUGGCUUGAGCGAGUGGCUUGCCCGAGUGAGGUUCCUUUGGGCAAAACCGUACUAACCGUACGGAGCGAACUAAAUCGAUUCACCAGGAUGUCUGAAGUGAAUUUUUACACGAGGAACGGGCUGCGUUGCGUGCGUGUGAGCUAGACAGCUGGGUCACUACUGUGCUUGAGGAGGAAGAUGGCGUGCGUGUGCUAUGACGCUAUGUGCACUACCUGCUGAUGCGAUGAGGUACGCACGUAUGUGCCGCAUGCAUGCAUACAUGCAUGCAUGCUGCAUCAUCGUGCAGCGGCAAGUAAUCACGUCACGGGGUGCCGCGCGUAUAGCCGGUGUAGGCCCGGCACACGCCCGCCGUGCGUAUGGAUGGGAGGAAGCAACAGAGCGUGGGCGCCCAAUCACCAGCAGCGGCAGGUAGUGCGUGCGUGCGUGCGUGCCAUUCAGUAAAGGCGGAUCGCGAUCCGAAUGGAAGCUGGGUGCACCCGCUCCCGAUCGAUUGGAAGCUGGGCGGCGCGGGGGUUUAUACAAUGAGAUGUGUGCGAUGGGACAGGGUUGAGGCAGGUUGGUGAAUUCCCAGACCCAGCAGCACAUGGCACGUGCAUGAGCGCUCGGCUGGUCGAGCGCCGGAGUUAAUGUACAAGUGGCGGUUUAUGAGGUAGAGCUGCGGUACGGUUUGUUUAUUCCUUGCUUGGCGAGCUGAAGAGCACGCGUGCAUGCACGUCAGGUGAAUGCUGGUAUCGUGUCCGCGCGGCAUGACAAGACUCAACGCCGCGGGCCCGCGGCGUACGUUGCAUGUCUGGUGACGUGGUGUCUCUCAGGCGGUUUGCAUCAGUUGCAUGUCUAUAUUUAGAUAGGGCUUACUUUAAACCGGAGCUGGAUGUAUGGAUGGAUUACGCACGUACGGUACGCACGAUACGGCGCCUCCUGGGCGCCAGCUAGUUAGCGUAGGCGAACGGGAUCGGCGGAAGUUACUAGGGA